UGUGAUGAGUGAGUCUGAUGAAUUCGAGGAUCAAUGAAAUCUGGCCGGGUCAACCACUCGGUAGUUGCGAGAAACGAAACAAUGUCCAGAGGAUAAGAUAAUUUCAGCUCUCAAGCCCCACAAUGUCGACGACUUCCCUAGACACGAAAAGCAGAGGUCAAACAGAAGCCAGUCCAAGAGCUUCAAAACGAGCAAGGACCGAUACGGAGACUUCAGACAAGGGCCCUAAUGGACGUCAUCGACAUCGAAUUACUCGAGCAUGCAAUGAGUGCAGGAGACGCAAAGAUCGAUGCGGCGGCCAACGUCCGUCAUGCAAGUCAUGCAUUGAGAAUAAUCGGACAUGUAGCUAUGGACCCUCCAAGAAACGAGGACUACGACCAGGUUAUGUGAGAGGCAUCGAAACAUUGCUGGGACUAAUAUUUAACUCUAUAAAAGGGAGCGAAGAGUGGAUAUAUGGGCUUCUCGAGGGUGUUAUUCAGCAAUCGUCCUUCUGUACUGCGUCCGGUCUCCACGACGCCAAUAUCUCUGUCGAUCUUCUACUCGAAACAUGGCAUAAGUCCUCGGUAUCUAAGAAAAUGGGAAGCCUUCUCUCUACAGAGAGUGAGUUUGACGAAGAAGGUACCGACUCGAGUCAGAUUUUCGACACAAAAGUAGUUGAGGGUCUUACGAUUCUGGUAUCGACAAAGAAUGGGACAGGGGCUCCUAUGACACCAAUGGAUACCAACACGACGCAACCAGACCUUCCUCUCUUCGACCAUUCCCCUUCAGCUAUUCCAGCGUCUUCGCCUCUUCAACCCUGCGGAGGACCAACGCUUCAUACCAGCAUUAGCCGCAUACCAGAAACAGUAUCACAACCUCCAAAGUCUAUGCCAUCUGCUGUCCCUGACCUUCCGAAGAACUGGUCAUAUCUCCUGGACCUCUACUUUGAGACAACACAUUGCUGGUUCCCCAUCUCACAAAAGCACGAGCUCUUACGUUGCGCCUACACAUUAUCCUAUAGCCCAUCACCAGCUACUGCCAAUUCACUUACUUCUGGUGAACGAGCAUUUCUUCAUGCUGUUCUAGCAUACGCAGCACACCAAUCAACCGCUUUAUCUAACUCCUCCAGAGACAAGCCGGUAGACGCAUCUGAAGUCAAGCCGCCAAGAGAUCUGACACAGACCUCUCUGUUCGCCAACCCAAAUAACUACGAUGUUGGACAUGUCCGCGCCCUUCUCAUCAUCUGUCUCUUUGAAAUGGAUCAAAAGCUCUGGUCGGCGGCGUGGAAUACCAUAGCACGCGCUGUGUAUACAUCAGUCUCUAUUGGGUUACUACCUCGAAGUACAUCAGCCAUAAAUUCACCGUGCCCUGACAGUGGUAAACGGACAAUCCUAGGAUGCGCAACACUCGAGACUAUCAUUGCAUCUCGAUUGAAUACCGUACCAUAUCUCCUAGCGUCAGAUAUCGCCCGACAGGGUACUCUAUUAACGGACGGAAAUGAGGAGUGGGAGCCGUGGCAGGUCAAGAUUCUCAUUGAUGCAGAUGAUGAGCGAAAUCACCAAAGCUCAAACUCCCACAUGCCUGGGCAUGUCAUAAGCACUUUUAAUCAACUACUCCAAACUAUGGCUAUACUCAACAAAUUGGUUUGCCAACCGAAGGGCUCAGGUACCCAAAGAAGCCUGCAAGAACUCAUGGACCCAUGCCGGGAGAGUCUUAAUACCCUGGGUGAUCUUACAGCUGUUGUGGACUUGACACCUCAAGCGAUUAACCUCUGGAUAACCUCGAUUACCGUACUUGAGAUUGCAGCUGCAUCAACCGUGGAAUUUCCGGGUAUUGGCAUACAGCGCCCAGAGGGCAACUGGCAGAAAAUUACAAAGUUAGCCACUCUGAUUGAGGAGAGACAUCGGUCAAUAGGGCGUUGUUGUAUUUCUCCAGUCGCCUGGGCUUGUAUGGGGCUGUUGCAGAAAUCUCUGGAUCAGAGGCAGCUACAGAAUGUUGAAAGUCGCACAGCAUGUGAGCUAGACCUUGCCAGACAAGCUAUAGCGAAUGCUCUGGCAGCUUUACAAGAUCCGUUGCGCGGAGAGCCCCAGCUUGACUCACAACUAAUAUCCACAAACGGUUCAGAACGUGCUCAAUUGACGAUACAGCCAGCACUUGGCAAGGCUGGUGCAGCAUCGAACUUUGAGCUUCCUCCGACACCUUCAACAUUUUUGUCAAACAGGAUUGAUCCCUCAGUGUCACAAAAUCCAUCAUCAACCAAUCUCACCGCACCGUCACCAGGUGGCCUAUCCUUCCCUCUGGAUCCAUCACUAACCGCCAAUAUUGAAGACGACGGUCUCUUCGACAGCCUCGCUACUUUAGACACAACUGAUUGGCAAGUCGACAAAGAAUAG